CAUAUUGUCUUUCGAAAUGAUGAUACCUCUCUUACGACAAUAAUAUCCCAUUUGCCUUUGUAUUGAUAUUAACAUUGACCAUAAUCGUUAUCAUUAUUAUUGAUGAUCCGAAGUUCACAAACUGGUCCUGCCAACACAGGUCCAAUCAAUUCAAGACUGGAGUCGAAUGCCAACAAUACCAAUAAUGGCGGCGGAAGCGGUAAUCACCAUCAUCAUUUCAUCCAUCAUCAUAAUAAUCAACAUCAUCACCACAACCAGCAUACCAUUCUGCUCCAUCCUCACCAACAACAACAACCACAACUAUCGCAUCAUCACCACUCACCGCAACAGCAACAAAGCCAAUCACCGUCCCAACAAACGCAACAGCAACAAGGCAAAUACAAACGUAAUGUGUUGGAACAGAUUCGCAAUUCUUUGAAGCCGUUUGCCAAUGCAUCGGAUUGUGGUGGCCAUCGAAGUGGCCAGCCGCAGCAAUCGUCAUCUCCGCUGCCGUUGGUGCCGCCGCCCAUGGUGGGAUCCAGUAUAAAUGCCAAUUACCAUCAUGAUAAUCAUGCUCAUCAUGGCUAUCAUGGCUAUCACCAGCAACAUAAUAAUAAUGUCCACCAGUCCAACAACAACAAUAUCUACCCACAACAAUCAUCCAUUCAUGGAGCGAAACCGCUGAUGAACAACAAUGAUCAUCAACCAACAGCGACUUUGUUGAACGAUGUGAAUCGUCAGCAGAUAAUCAAACGGGUACUUGAAACUGGUGGUUCCGAGGCUUUGCUUUCAAUGAUGCAGGAUAAACUGAAAGGUGGUGCAGAAAUGGAAUCGAACACCAAUCAUCAUACUUCAUCAUCAUCAUCAUCAUGUCAUUAUACUCAUCAUCAUAAAGUACAACAGCAUCCUAUUGUGAUCGAUCAACAACGUAUACAACAACAACAACAACAGCAAUAUUCGCAUAAAGUGAUCAAUAAAAAAUCAUCAUCAUCAUCGGCAUCCACAAUCAUGAUGACCACCAUGUUUGAAUGUUCGGAUGCGCAGAGUUUGUACAGCGGGGCGACUAGUGAGAAAAGUGCAUCCAGUUCAGUGCGAUCCGACAGUCCAAUUGUCAUGGUUAACGGUGCUAAUCAUAAUAAUAAUAACGCUAUCCUUGCUGGCAAUCAUCAUCAUGCCAUUGUUGCCAAUCAUCACCAUCCUCAUCAACAGCCGCAGCAGCAACGAAGCAACAGUAAUGGCAGCAUCCAUCAGAUGUCAUCGCUCGAUUCGAUUUGCUAUUCCUCAUCUUCAUCCGGUCUCUGUGGUCAAUCUGGUGCUGGUCCGCCUCCACUGCCUCCACCAUUGGCCACACAGGAAUCGCAAGCAUCUUCCAAUUGUUCCAGCCUUCAUAAUGUCCUAUCACCUGCAACUCAAUACCAUAGGCUGCAACAACAACAACAGCAACAGCAGCAGCAACAACAACAACAACAACAAUCAUCUUUUGUAUCGACUAAUCGUCAAGCUGCGAUCAAUAAGCCGCAAUCCAUAGCCAAUGCAACUUUUGCACACCGUGUAUUAUCACCAACGAUUUCAGCAAAUUUAUCUGCAGGGCCGCCACCACCAUUUCGACCGACCGAUCCAUUGCCGCCACCCCCAUUGCCACCACAUAGACCAACGUCGAAUUGUACAGUUGCACCACCUCCUAUACCACCAUCACAGCCGCAUCCAUCGGCAACGUUAUCUUCAUCUGAAUCAUCUUCAUCGAAAGCGAACGAAACUAAUUUGAUGCAGAUCAAAAAUUACAUCACCAAUCAGAUGGCCACGAUAUCUACCAUAGCAUCCGGCUCAAACACUGUGUCAUGCAAGAAUCAAACUGCCUCAACAACAUCCACCACUGUGACCAGUACCCCGUCGUACACGGUGCAGUGUCGUCCGAACGCAUUCAGUUAUGCCUCGUCUGCAUCCUCAUCAUCACCGCAACGUGGUGGCAGCCCGAUUUCAUUUGCAAAUUCCAGAUUCACAGCUGCAGCAGCCAAUAUAGCAUUCAAUUCGAUUAUUGGAGCAGCCAGUUCAUCAGCUACAUCCACAGCUCAAUCCACUGUCACUAAUUCCACGACCGGUUUGGUUUCCCAGGUGACGCAAAAAUUACACAAUCUUAAUAUGAAUUCAGUGGCCACCGCUCAUACAGGCAGUACUAACAGUUUGCUAUCGGCCUAUUCCAGUCAAAGUUUUGCUCAUAGUCCACCGCCGUCGUAUGCAGCGUCAAGUAGUUCGGGCAGACAAUCGCCAACACCCACUAUCAGUUCGAGUUCGGAUUACGCAUCCAUUCCGGUGUUGUCACCACCGCCCAAGACGCAUCGACAAGAUCAGUCGCAGCAAAAUCAAUCGGAAUAUAAUCAUCGCAAGUUAUCGUCGCCAAUCUCAUCCACAUCAUCGAUAGGCGUUCAUACUCAAUCGUCGACAUCGUCAUCGACGAAUCGAAGAGCGCAGCCAUUGCCGCCGCAAUCGGAAACAGCCAAACAUUCUUUGCAACCGUGGUCGGCCAGACAAGCCAUAUCUCAAUCGCCGAUCAUAAUGCAAUCAGUCAAAUCACAACAGGUCCAAAAACCGAUAUUGCAGACAGCCGUUGCACCGACGUUGCCGCCAAUCAAUGUCAAACUAUCGAUAGCAUCAUCCCAAUCCACCUCGAUGUCCAUAUCGACAGUGAUGUGUAUGAAUCAGAAAACAACACCCACCGGUAUAGCGACACAGCCCAAAGCUCCAUUAACUUUAGCUCCUUCGUCAUGUGGUUCGGCUCAUGUGGCUACACCCGCCUAUACGGCAUCCUGUUCAUCAGUAUCGCCCGCUUCAAUGUCAUCCUCAUCAAUGUCUCGGUCAUCGUUAUCGACAAGUAAAAAUCCGCCUCCAUAUCCAAGCGGAUCCAUGGCCAAAGCAAAUCAGCCACUUCCCCUACCGCCCUCUUCAUCGUCAUCAUCGUCAUCGGGCCAUCAUCAAUCAUCGACGACGGCCAACAAAUCGGAUACAGGAUAUCAUGCCGCUCCACCACCACCUUAUUCAUCUGCCGUACAACAGCAGAAUCAAAAUCGAAUGGCGGCACUGUCAUUCUCCAACACCAGAUUGAUGUUGUCCACUCAAAGUUUGGAUUCGCAGACGCAAAGUUCGGAUAUGUCAUGUAAAUCGCCCACACCACCGCCUACAGCGGCUGCAGCAUCAUCAUCGGCGGCAGUGUCGGCACCGCCUCCUCCGCCACCUCCCCCUUAUUCCUUGUCAGUCAGUCAGAACGAUUCGAUAGCGCAAAUCUUAUCCGGUCUGAGUAAUGGUUCCAGUAGUGGUGGUGCUACUGCAAACAACAAUGUAACUAAUGCGGCAAUACAGGUUCCAACAACCGAUCCACCAAGCUAUGCAUCGUCGAUGGCAGCACUAGCAGCACAACGUGUUGUUUAUAACAGUAAUGUCACUGGAAAUGGUGCCAAUUGCUCCACCUAUGUUCAAUCAGCUACUGGCAUUGCGGUGGCCACAACCACAACCAGCGACCAUGUUUCCUCAUUGUGUAAUUCAUCUCAAAACUGUGAUCUGGUCAAUACGGUGGAAAGCAUCUGUACAUCGCAGAUUAGUGCAUUACAAGGUGGCACAUCAUCAUCACCUGCCACCGCAGCGGUUACUGCUGUUUCAACUGUUUCAACCGUAGCAGCUAAUCGACGUAUUGGCUUGCCGCCAUCCGGUGAAUCUGCACCUGGACCACCUCUACCGCCCAAGCCAAACAGCAGUAGCAACAACACCAGCAACAACAACAACAACAAUAAUAAUAAUAAUAAUAAUAAUACUCACGCUAAUCAUGCACCUCCUAUACCACCUUCUCUUUCGCAUCUGCACGGUGGCCAUUUGCAAUCGUUGACCACAUCGGAUAAUGUCAGUGGUGAAGAUUAUGAGUUGGAUUCGUCCACCUAUUCGACUACCACCAAUGAAUCACUAUCGGCCUCCAUCUACGGCCAACAACCGUUUGCCAAGAUGAUGGCCACCGGAUCCACAACAACAUCAAGCCAUGAAAAUAGUGCCAGUUCGACUGCCACAUCGAUUGUGAAUGUGAACAACAACAACGAUAAUGAUAAUAGUGAUGAUUGCCAAACUUGUCAGCAACAAUCGAGCAAUGGCAGUAAUGGCAACACUUGUGAUCUAUGCAAACAAUGUGAUGAUGAUGGCAACGAUGGUUGCCGUGAUGUGUUCGAACAAACCGAGGAUGGCAGCAACAAACGUACCCAUCAAUCGCCCAUUCCUACGCGCAAGAAUCUGUCGAAAGCCAAGGAAAAAGAAAGACGCGAAUUCAAAGUGCGAAACUAUUCGCCGGCUGCAUUCAAAUUCUACAUGGAACAGCAUGUGGAGAAUGUGAUCAAAUCACAGCAGCAACGAGAAAAGCGUCGUGAGCAACUGGAAUCGGAAAUGAAAAAGGCACGUCUGUCCGAAGAAGAUCAACUGGGCCUGAGACAGAUGCUCUAUCAGAAAGAAUCCAACUAUAUACGGCUGAAACGGGCCAAGAUGGAUCGUUCCAUGUUUUCCAAAAUCAAAACCAUCGGUGUGGGCGCGUUCGGUGAGGUGGCACUUGUUCGCAAAUUGGACGCCAAUGUUCUCUAUGCAAUGAAAACACUGCGUAAAGAUGAUGUGCUCAAACGUAAUCAGGUGGCUCAUGUGAAAGCUGAACGUGAUAUAUUGGCGGAAGCCGAUUGCGAAUGGGUGGUGAAACUGUACUACUCAUUUCAGGAUGACAAACAUCUUUAUUUUGUUAUGGAUUACAUUCCUGGGGGCGAUCUUAUGUCAUUGCUCAUCAAAAAGAAUAUCUUUGACGAACCGUUGGCCAGAUUCUACAUUGGCGAAUUGGUUUUGGCUGUAGAAAGUGUACAUAAAAUGGGUUUCAUUCAUCGUGAUAUUAAACCGGAUAAUGUGCUCAUCGAUAAGGAUGGCCACAUCAAGCUGACCGAUUUCGGCCUCUGCACUGGAUUCCGUUGGACACAUAAUUCUCGCUAUUACCAUGAUCGUGUCGACUCAAUGGAUCUAGAGGAGGCCAGACAGAUCAGUUCAUACGAUUGUAAUUGCAAACUGGCCAAACCAUUGGAACGACGAAAACGCCGCGAACAUCAACGCUGUUUGGCUCACUCGUUGGUCGGUACGCCCAAUUACAUUGCACCCGAAGUGCUGGCCAAAAAUGGCUACACUCAACUGUGUGAUUGGUGGAGCGUAGGAGUGAUACUGUAUGAAAUGGUGGUGGGACGACCACCCUUCUAUGCCAACACUCCCGAAGAUACUCAAUUAAGGGUGAUACGUUGGCGGGAAUAUCUCCAGAUCCCCACAUUUAUAUUGAACAAAAGACUUUCGGAUGAAGUGAUCAAAUUGAUUGAGCAAUUAUGCUGCGAUGAAAGCGAACGUCUUGGACGUAACGGUGCCGAAGAGAUCAAGCGGCAUGCAUUCUUCAAGCAAAUAGAUUUUAGUGAAAAUCUUCGUGAACAGCCAGCGCCAUACGUGCCAGAAAUCAAAUUCGAUACGGAUACAUCCAAUUUUGAUCCAGUCAGUCCGGAUCGUUUACAUUCGAUCGAUGCCGAUGAUUGUAUCAGCAUGAAUUGUUUCAAUGAAUUCGGUGAUAAAAUGACCAACUUGGAUCACCGUAACAAUAACAACAACAAUAAUGGCAAAAACAAAGCCAAAUCAUCGCAUCCGGAUCAUGCGUUUUUUGAAUUUACGUUCCGGAGAUUUUUCGAUGCCAUCGAACCGUUUCGUUUAAGUAAUAAUGACGGUCACCACCACGCUGGCCAUUCUCAUCACCACCACCAUCAUCAUGCCCAUCACCACCAUCAUCAGACCGGACAAGUGGAUGGGCAAUCCUCCAAUCAUUCAUCGCCGAGAAACGGUGCUGCUGCUGCUGAUUGCAACAUUGAUUCGAAUGCUAGCGAAACAGCAAGUGAUUAUGAAGAAGUGGUCAUUAUGACCAACAACAAUAAUGAUGAAGAGAAUGUGUUGAUCGCAUCAUGCCUAUCAUCGCCGACAUCUGCCCCAGUCGAACAAAUCAAUCCCAAUUGUGCAGUAAUGAAAAACAAUACCAAUGCGCUCGAUUCGGAUUCAGAUUCAAUCACCAAAUCGACAACAGCAGCAUCAUCACCAAUCGUCAAUGACAAGGCAACGGGCAAAGAUUGCGAACAAAACAAAUCAUCCAAUGAUGAACAGGGUAACAAUCCGGUGUUUGUUUGAUGGAAAUACAAUAUUUGAAAAAUCAAUCAUCGAUCUCGCCAACCAUUCUCAACACAAUAAUCGGCAAAUUGAGCAACAAGCCAUUCA